GUUUGUAUGUGGGUCUAAAAGACAGUUGGUCGUCCAGUGUGCGGGAAGAGCUGGUCGUGGGAGGAGAUGGAUAGGUAGCAUGUAUAAAUAGGGGGCAAUGAAGUGAAGGUCCAGGAGCGUUGGCACUGAGCUACCUGGAUAUUUCACAAUCCACUGCAAAUCUUCUUAUAAUCUUAUGUGCUUCCACGACAGGCAUCGCUGGAACUUGGAAGACAGUAUCGUUAUUAAGAACAGUUUAUAGGUUAUGAUCAAUCCAUCUCGAGGAGAGUUAGCUAGAAUCAUAAGUAAAACUUUGAUAACCGCAACGAAAGAAGUCGCCCCAAGUCAGACAUGGAAGUGGACGCCGUCGCUGGAGCAAGCUUUGCACCGCCUUGGAUGUCGGCAAUUACUCAGUCCAACACUAGUUGCCCGUGUAAUCGACCCAUACCUCCUCCAUCAUCACUCUAUUGCUUUGGGCUUCUUCGACUGGUCCUCUCAGCAACCUGGAUUUUCUCACGACUCAUUUUCCUAUCAAUCAAUUAUCAAAGCCCUCUCCCAUUCCCGAAACUUCAUUGCCAUUGAAAGGAUCUUGAAGCAGAGCAAAUCCCAGAAGCUCAUCCUUCCACCUUAUGUUUAUCGAGCUGUCAUUGCUUCUCAGAUCAGUAGUAAGAAAACUCAAGUUGCGUUUUCUACUUUCAAAGAGGUCAGCUCCGUAUUAUCAGAAAUCGGACCCCAAACUUGCAAUUCGCUUCUUGCUGCUAUAUCCUCUGAAGGAAAUCUUUGUGGUGCCCAAAAUGUGUUCGAUGAAAUGAAUCUGAGAGGUGUUCAAUUGAACACACUUGGUUUUGGUGUGUUUAUGUGGAAUUUCUGUCGCUAUAAUGGACUGGAACUGACUUUGAAUGUGCUAGAGGAAGUCCGGAAAAUUGAUUUUUCUGGAAUUAACGGGUCCAUUAUUGCUGUUUUAGUUUCUCAUGGGUUGUGUUCUUCUUUCGUCUCAGAGUCCGUUGUGGCUUUGGAUGAGUUGAGGAAAAGAGACUGUAAACCCGAUUUUAUAGCAUACAGAGUUGUUUCAGAAGCAUUGAGAGGAAUGGGAAAUGUGGUUGAUGUGGAAAUGGUUUUAAAGAAAAAAAGGAAGCUGGGAGUUGCACCAAGAUCUAAUGAUUAUAAAGAAUUCAUUUUUAGCUUGAUUUCAGAAAGACUUAUAUCAGAAGCAAAAAAGUUGGGAGAAGUAAUCAUGAAUGGAAAUUUCCCCAUGGAUGAUAAUCUACUCAAUGUGCUGAUCGGAUCUGUUUCGGCUGUUGAUCCCCAUUCCUCCAUGUUAUUCUUCAAUUUCAUGGUUGACAAAGAUGUAUUUCCCACCCUUCUUACUUUGAACAAUCUGGGUAGGAACCUUUGCAAGCACGGUAAAGUUGACAUGUUAGUUGAGGUUUUUCGGAAGCUGUCUGCUAGAGCGUAUUUUAGAGAUCAACAAAGUUAUAAAUUGAUGGUCACACUUUUGUGUGAGGCGGGCAAAGUAAAGGAAGCUUAUGAUCUUCUCUGUGAGAUGAAAAGAAAAGAUUUGGGUCUUGACAUAUCAUCUUACAAUUCACUUCUACAAGCCUGCUGCAGUGAAGAUUUAAUACGGCCUGCAAAACGGCUAUGGGAUGAAAUGUUUGCAAAUGGUUGCCCUGGCAAUAUAAAGACAUACAACAUCCUUAUCCAGAAGUUAACAGAAGUUGGUGAAGUUGAAGAAGCUUACACGCUGUUUCAGCACAUGUCUGAAAAAGGGGUAGCACCUGAUGAAACAACAUACAAAUCCAUUCUUAAAGGAUUCUGUCAAGCCAAAGAUCUGACCCUGGCUCUUCAUGUGUUCAACAUGUCUGUUGCUCAAAGUAGUCUGCUUGCGCAAAAUAUUUUAGGUUCAUUUGUCCUCUAUCUUUGUACUGGAGGUUAUGUGCUUCCUUCUUUAAAAUUGCUUCAGAGUCACAAGAAUGAUAUUGCAUCCCUGGACUCCCAUCUCACAGUAUUGAGAUUUCUAACUGAUGCUGGGGAGGAUUCAUUGGCUCUGGAACACUUGAAGUUGGUUAAAGACAAUUCUCCUUUCAUGUUACAAGCUCUUAAGAAUGAGAUUUUAUCUUUAUCAAGACCAAAUUCAAUUAUGGAGUUGCUUGAAGAGGUGCAGAAAACAGUCUAGUGUAACACUUGUGGAAACAUAGAUCCCAGGGGACAAUGUUGGACGGGCAACUUUCUGAGAUUUGGGGCUUUGAAUUUCGAGAAAAAUAAUGAUCAAACUGGCGAGACUAUGCACUAUGGUUAUAGACAGCCUAUAAGUGCACAAUGAAGAUAAGGGAAUUAGAUAAAGAUUGUGAUAUUAUUAGGGUAUCUUUUUUUUUUACCAAUUUUUCAUACCCCCCUAUCUUUUUUAUUUAUUUAUUUGAUUUGAUUUGUUACCUUAUCUUUUUUAUGUAGUGAUUAUAUUGCAUUAGAAUUGCAGGUGUAGAGAAUCUGCCGGUGUAUACUUAAUUGCAAUUCAUUCUUCCAAAAUGAGUUUCCCCUGUCAUUGCACAGUUGAUCACAACCAUCCAUCUGGAAAUGAUCAGGACUGUGAGUUUUAGGCCAGCUUCUACAACACUUUUUUUAAAUACACUAAAGUCUUAACUGAUUAAGAUCCACACUUAGUAGCUUGCUCUUUCUCCAUUUGACCUUCUCUCCUUUAUGUCUCUACUCUCUACUUCAUAUCUCUAUCCACACUUGGUGAAGAGACUCUCUGUCCAUAUCCAAGCUUCUACAUUUGGAAUAAAAUUUGCCUCACUGAGCUCCAUUUCCAUCCGCUUCUUCAUUGUGACUUGUAACAUCUCACCGUCUCUGUUCUACCUUAUAUGUCCACCUCUCAACCAUUGACAGAAGAAAUCUUGGGUUUUCAUCAGGGGAAAUGAAGACAGGUGGAUGGUCAUUUAAUAACAAUCUGUUAUUAUCCAAUUUAUUCAUAGUUCCAAUUUCUAUAUAAGGUGAGAAAUGAGCGAUACAAUCUGAUUUGGAGAAGCUAAGUAAUAUGUAUCUAUAGAAAGUGAAAGGCUGAAAGCACUAGUGCACUACCCCUCCUUAAGCUAGCGCUGUCAACAAUGACAUAGGAAGAUCAUUCUAUGUUGGGAAAAGGAAGAAGUCCGAAUCAUCUCUUCAAGAAAAACGCUUACUAGGCUGGAGGGGACGAUGACUUCAGUGAUUAUUCUGUAUGCUUGUACGAUGGUAUAUAAUAAUACAAUUAUGUGUAUGUCGAAUAAUCAAUAGUGACAACUAUUCUAUUUUCGCUUCUGCAUUUUAUGUUUUUUAUCGUUUGUAAUAGCUAUAGAAAUUCUGGUUUCAGUAAGUGUUCCAUUUUCUACUACUAUUUCUGUACAAAAAAAUGGCAAGGUUUUCUGCAUUGAGAUUUUGGGAGUACUAGGCAUUUUCG